CCCAUAAAGGCAGAGCGCCUGCUUCACAUGCUCACUACGGCAUCCGAGGAAGCAUGCAUGGAGCAAAGCCCACUGGCCCAGUUUUCUACGUAAGCAACGGGAGAACGUCAGGCUGAACACAGCGCUCCGCUGGCCAUCCUCCUCCUCCCACUCCUCCUCCUCUACGGUGGUAAUCCUUGCUGACACCACGCACAAAGGACUAAAUGCUGGAUGCUUCCUUCAGCAGGCAGGCUCUGUCUCUUCUUCUUCUUCUUCCAGCUCUAAUCCCGUACGGCUAACCCGUCUGGCUGUGUGUUCGGAUGUUGUUUAAAUGGGACUUGCAUCUGUAUCACAUCCCUGGAAUCCUGGCCUGCUAUUCUAAUCCUCCGCCCCCCUCCUUCAUAUCUCCUCCUCCUCCUUGAUCGGUUCAUUCAGGGAGAGCAUCACAACAAGGCUAUCACCUUAAGAGGCUUUUCUCUUUCUACAUUUCUUUUUUUUUUUUGUCGCUCUUGGAGUUGAUGGGACUACAGGUGGCUAACGUUUUCCUCUACCUGAUGGGUUUAUGUCGCUGAACAUCAGGGCUUCCUCUUCGCAUCCUGUUGUUGUCGGUUUUCUCUGCUUCACAUCUGUAUGCCAACAGUCACCCCUGAUCUGUUCCCUGAAACAACACUGGUACCGUCGGUCCCGGCGAUACCCUCUGCACGAUCCGCCUCCGCCUCUCACAAGGCCCGGAGGCGCAGCAGCGCAGGGGACUGUGCUGCCAGGCCUCGGCCUUUGCCUUCAGCCUGCAGGCCGGGCCCUAAAAGAGGCAGCAUGGAAGUGGGCAUGCGUGUGGUGCGCGGCCUUGACUGGAAGUGGGGAAACCAAGACGACGGCGAGGGGCACGUGGGCACCGUGGUGGAGAUCGGACGGCAGGGGAGCACGACAACUCCAGACAAGACAGUGGUAGUUCAGUGGGAUAGCGGCACACGAACCAACUAUCGUACGGGAUACCAGGGUGCCUACGACCUGCUGCUGUAUGACAAUGCUCAGAUUGGGGUCCGUCAUUCCAAUAUCAUCUGCGAUAGCUGCAAGAAGCAUGGAAUCAUGGGAAUGCGAUGGAAGUGCAAAGUGUGCUUCGACUACGACCUGUGCACCCAGUGUUACAUGAACAACAAACACGACCUCAGUCAUCCGUUUGAACGUUAUGAGACGGCCCAUUCUCAGCCAGUGAACCUGACGCCGAGACAGAACCUCCCGCGCAUCAUCCUCAAAGGAAUCUUCCAGGGAGUCAAAGUUGUCCGUGGACCAGACUGGGACUGGGGGAACCAGGACGGUGGGGAGGGUAAGGUUGGGAAAGUGGUGGACAUUCGUGGCUGGGACACGGAGUCCGGCCGCAGCGUGGCCAGUGUCACCUGGUCCAAUGGCACUACCAACGUCUACCGAAUGGGCCACAAAGGCAAAGUUGACCUAAAGUACGUGUCGGAUGGUCAGGGAGGCUUCUACUACAAAGAUCACCUACCUAAGCUUGGUGAGCAUGCAGAGCUCCAGCGCCAGGAAAGCGCUGACGGCCACUCAUUUCAGCAGGGAGACAAAGUCAAAUGUCUGCUGGAGGUGGACAUCUUGCGACAGAUGCAGGAAGGACAUGGUGGAUGGAACCCCAAAAUGGCAGAGUACAUCUGUCGGAUUGGGACAGUUCAUAGAAUAACCGACAGAGGAGACGUCCGGGUCCAGUACAGCAACAACAUCCGCUGGACCUUCCAUCCAGGAGCGCUCACUAAGGUGAACACCUUUGGAGUCGGGGAGUUGGUUAAAGUGUUGGAGGAGCUGGAGACUGUGAAGAGACUUCAGGCUGGCCAUGGGGAGUGGACAGACAGCAUGACUCCUGUGCUUGGCCAGGUCGGAAAGGUGUUAAAAGUAUAUGCAGAUGGCGACCUACGGGUGGCAUUCGGAGGCCAGACUUGGACGUUCAACCCAGCGUGCCUUUCAGCCCAGCCUGCAGAGGUCGAUGCAAACCUCAUGACGGCCGAGAACCCCAACGAAUCUGGAAGUACUGUCAUCUCUGUGCUGGAGAAGCUUCUGUCUCAGUCCACGGAGCAGGACAACCCCAGCAGGCUGGUGAUCGAGGCGGCCCACGGCAGUGCCAACAAAGUGCGGGAGUUGGUGCAAAAGUAUCCUGACAAGGUGGAUAUCAAGAACCAAGGCAAGACGGCUCUGCAGGUCGCCGCUCACCAAGGCCACACAGAGGUGGUGAAGGCUCUGCUGCAGGCCAACAGCUCCAUCGAGGUGAAAGAUGAAGACGGAGACACAGCAUUACACUACACUGCCUUUGGUAACCAGGCGGAGAUUGCACGGCUGCUCCUGAGCAAAGGGGCAAAUGUCAACGUACUGAACAACUCCAUGUGCACAGCGCUACACAUUGCCGUCAACAAGGGCUUCACUGACGUGGUGCGGGUGCUAACUGAACAUUCGGCUGACGUCAAUCUCCAGGAUUCGUACGGGGACACGCCGCUUCAUGACGCUAUUGCCAAGGAUUUCCGUGGCAUUAUUGAGAUCCUAGUCAUAGUGCCCAACAUUGACUUCACCCAGCAGAACCACAGAGGCUUCAACCUGCUUCACCACGCCGCCCUCAAAGGAAACAAACUGGCCACAGAAAAGAUCCUGGCUCGAGCUCGGCAGCUGGUGGACGUGAAAAAGGAAGAUGGCUUCUCUGCCCUUCACCUGGCUGCUCUCAACAACCACAGAGACGUAGCUGAGGUCCUAAUCAAGGAGGGACGUUGUGACGUCAACAUUCGCAACAACCGGAACCAGACUCCGCUACAGCUGGCCGUCACACAGGGCCACACGGACCUGGUGCAGCUGCUGGUGGACGAGGGGGCCGACGUCAACAUGGAGGAUGAGGACGGCGACACGGCCAUGCACGUGGCUCUCCUUCGCCCCCAGCUGGCUAACGUCAUGCUCGCCCCGCCAGCAGGGGGCAGCAGCACGGAGGAGGGCAGUGAGGGCUGCUCGUCCACAUCGCUCUACUGCAGGCUGAACUCCUCGGGUCUCCUGGGGAACACUGAGCUGAACGUCGCCAUGGCUAUCGCCUGUUUCCUGGCGCAGGAAGGUGCUGACAUCAGCUACGCCAACCACAAGGGAAAGAGUCCGCUGGAUCUGGUAGCAGACAGCACCAUGCUGCAGCUCAUCAAGAACUUUUCUGAGAAGCACAGGUUGCAGCGUCUCCAGGCCAUCACAUGCGGACAGGGACUGAGCAGUGCAAGCCUGCGGCGCGUCCACACUACGCCCAACACCAUGACCAACCUGGUUUUUCCCACGCCGGCAGGUCCCAGUGAAUGCCUCAUCUGUUCAGAGCUCGCUCUGCUGGUUCUCUUCUGCCCCUGCCAGCACAGCGUGGCCUGUGAAGAAUGUGCUCAUCGAAUGAAGAAAUGCAUCAAAUGCCAGGUCACAAUAACCAAGAAAAUAAGACAAGACCAAACUGAGGUGGACUGCAGCCCUGGCACAGAGAACUCUGAGCAGCACAACCUCCUGGAGCAGCUGCAGUCCCGCUACAGGCAGAUGGAGGAGCGCAUCACCUGCCCCAUCUGCAUCGACAACCACAUUAAGCUGGUCUUCCAGUGCGGACACGCCUCCUGCAUCGACUGCAGCGCCGCACUAAAGACCUGCCCCAUCUGCAGGCAGACCAUCCGGGAGCGGAUCCAGCUGUUUGUCUGAGCUCCAGACUGUCCUCCGAGGUCUGAUGACCACAUAGAGGCUGCAGGAAGGGCUGCAGAGGUGCACCACUCUUGUGCCCCUCAUCCCUGCCAGUGAUCAAACAAUCACUCAACUUUUAUAAAAGACGCUGCUCUAGAUCGCUCUGAGUCCACUGUUACAUUUUAGUAGAUUUCCAUCUCGAGCAGCGCAGGAGCAUUGCUUUAAUUUUGAUUCCUGCAGCAGGUCUGACUCUUAACUGAGCCUGAGGCAAGUUAACUUAAUGCCCCCUUUUGAAUCCUCUGGUUGGUAAAGCAGCAGCGGAAAACAAACGGUUCCUCCUUGUGUCUCCUUUUCCCAUCCAAAACUGUUGUACUUUGUCUGAUCUUUGCUGCUUUAAGUGGAUGUCUGUUACCCAUCAUCCUUUGUGGUUUUCCCGCCGCUUCUGUUUACACGUCUGCCUAGAGAUCAGUUGUUAUCCUCAGUCUCCUUAACCCGCGAAAUACAUCGCUCUCAUUUACGUCUAUCAACAGAAGGCUCUGCAGAGGGCUGGUAAAGCUAGAGGCUCGCUAUUUAGACCCCAAACCCCUCUGUCUGUAUGCACAGGGGGAAACACACUAUAAUGCAUGAGUGUAUGCAUAUUGUAAAGCUGAAAAUGACUCGUUUGCCACAGCUAAUCUGUGGUUUUGUGUUAUUCACUUUAGGGUUACGUUUGUGGUUGUCUAUAUAUGUCUGAUUACAGAAUUUUAUUUAUGUGUGAAAGUAUUUUAUUUUGUUUUCUUUGCUUAGCAAAAAAAAAAAAAAAUGUUUUUAUAUUUUAGUUCUACUGAGGUUCAAUCCAAGCCUAUGUUGGCUACUCAGGGUAUCGCAUCUUGGAAAUACUCGGAAAAUAUCCAUAAAUGUUUUAAGAGCCUUUCCCAGACUCUCAAACUAUUUCCAUUACAGCACAUUGUAUAUAAUUGUUGCUGAGAGGAAGAAAAGUAACAAUAACAAAGUAAAAUUUGUUUAAAAAAAAAAAAAAACUUGGAUACAUUGAGGAUGUAUGCACAUUUAACUAACAAUUAACAAAGCAGAUUCUGCAAAAAGAAGAUUUCUUUUUCCCUUCUAAAUGUAAAAAAGAAAAUGAAAAGCUUUGCCAAAUGAAACAAUAAUGCUAAUCUGAUUAAAUUUUUAGAUUCCAAGCACCAAAUGCUAUAUUUUCACAAAUAAAUACAGAAAUUUGUUAAGACCUGGUAUUGACAUGCAUCUUGGGCAACUCAGACUAAGCUAGGCUUUACUAAUUACAUCCAUUCAAGCUAAGCAUUAAAAUCAGUGCUUAUCAGAUCACUUCCCCACUUUUAAUUUCACAUAAACACGUACAUUAGUCAUAUCGCAGAGUGUGCUCAUCAAAGCAACAAACAACACAUCUACUGAUCCGUUCCAUUACAAAUGCAUAUUAUAACUACAUUAUUUGUUGAGGUAGAUUAAUUGAACUGGAUUUUUGUUAUUUUUGUUACAAACUCAUGAGUUUAACUGUGUAUUGUAACAGACAGUAUUGUUACAAAAAAAACUAUUUAAGAACCCCAAAAAAACCUCAAUGUCAGCGCACAGACAAUAAAGAUUUUGACUGAGAGCACAGCACUGAGUGCAGGCUAGUGGCCAUCGGCUACUUGACGCUUUUACUACCAAUAUUAUGAAACAUGGGUGUGAAAACCAGAAAAUGGUCAUCUGUGUUUUUUAUGAGUCUUUUUAUGACCUGGUGACUGCAGGAGGAUCAGUCAACUAAUAAAAAAUAUUAAGAUGGAAAUAAACUAUACAGUAUACCGCAUAAACAUUUUCAGCUUUACCCCAGAUGAUAUACAAUGAUUAACACAACCAUGGCUUGUUAUAGAGCAUUUUUAACAGAGUUAAUUAAAUCUCUUAACUGAGAAAACUGUAUCUGUAGAGUUCAGACACCAGCUUAAUCUGCCUUGGUGAAAAUAGUGCUGAUUAUUGCAACGCUAUUCAUGAAAAGUUUUUUUUUUUUGUUACUUUCACAGGAGAGUUGUCAGUUACCUCUGCUCUCUUAGUGUGAUCAGGUCCGGUCAGUGGGGGUCCUUCUAUGUCUCCCAGGAUGGAUUUCAUUCAGACUCUAUAAGCUUUUAGGUACCUCUGUGAAUUUAAGCCACUUGGACCUCACAGAUGAGCAUGCACUUUUUACUUUGGGAUCAUUAACGUCCCCGCCGGUGCACACAGCCAGUAGCACAGAUGAUGACAUUACAGUCACGAGGGCUUUGUGAUAGCAGACAGGGGGGGCGAACAGGUCGCCCGUAAGGGAGGUGCAAGGAAAUUUGUCCUCACCGGUAUUUAGGUUUGUCCCAAUGUGGUUGGAUAGUCCAGGACAGACGUUAGUGCCAAGUGUGAAAUGGUUCUAACAGACAUACAAUCUGAGCCAACAGAAAAAAAUACCCCUAUCGUUUUAAAAAGGGCCACUUUGUUCUGCUCCUUUGGAUUUGUCACUGGAUUUCCCCUUUAAAAGAGGCUCAUCAUGCGUUUUUUAUGCUAAAGUUUUUAUCAGGUGUAUUGUGCAAUGUAGAAUCAAAAACAUGACUCUGUUUCUGUCU